UUUAUACACGUUUGGAGGUAUUUAUACAAGCGCGUUUAUUGUAUUUACCAUAUUCAAAGUAAUAAUGACGCCGAAACUACUUCUUUUUUUCGUUCUUUUAUGCGCUAUCGAAAUUUCGUUAGCCGCUACGGCUAUAGAACAUGCUCCCGCAGGCCGUAAGUUAGUAGCCAAAGGUUUUAGCUGUUUUAAAGUAGAAUUAGGUCCAAUGAGAGAUGGUCAAGUCUUUGAUAACUAUAGCCAAGAAAUUUGCGGAAAAGUUACAUGUAAUACUGGAUAUUUAACGUAUGAAACAUGUUCUCCGUACGUUGUCGAAGGGCAACCUAUGAAUCUAGAAGAUCCAACAAAACCUUUCCCAGAAUGUUGUAAUUAUCCAUUCUAAUUUAUUGAAAUUUACUGAAUAAA